GAAGGUCCUGUCCAGGAGAACAUCUGUCACCACAGUGCUGGCCCUGCUUCCCUUGCAUCUGGGUUGAUUGACAGUGCUGCUGCUGGCUCCUUCUUUCCAAGCUUGCAUCGUGGACUAGGGACCAGCUGGAUCUCAGGAGCCUUCCUUCCAGGUUUCCAGCUCCAGGAAAACUGACACCCCUGCCUGAGACUAAAGAGAAACAUUCCAGAAAACUUCUCAGGGCAAUCCAACUGAGUCUUGGAGCUUUCAUUGACUUUGUGUUGCUGCUUGCUGUUGUUCUUUGGACUGGACUGCUGGUGUCCUAACGACUGAAUUUGGGUCACCCUACAUUAACCCAGCUCGCAAUACAAUCUGCUUCCUGUGUUGGCCAUGCCUGGGUGGAGCUGCCUGGUGACUGGAGCAGGAGGGUUUCUGGGCAAAAGAAUCGUCCACAUGCUGCUGCAGGAGAAAGAUCUGGAGGAGAUCAGAGUCCUGGACAAGGUCUUCAGACCAGAAACCAGGAAAGAUUUCUUCACAGAGACCCAGAAAAUACCAGGCUCUGGCAAGGGGAACAACCAAGAUAUAUUUUACCUCAAAACAAGCACAAAGGUGUCAGUGCUGGAGGGAGACAUUCUGGAUGCCCAGUACCUGAGGAGAGCCUGCCAGGGCAUCUCUGUGGUCAUCCACACUGCUGCUGUCAUUGAUGUCUCAGGGGUCAUUCCCAGACAGACCAUCCUAGAUGUCAAUCUGAAAGGUACCAAGAACCUAUUGGAGGCCUGUGUCCAAACUAGUGUGCCAGUCUUCAUCUUCACCAGCUCAGUUGAUGUGGCAGGGCCCAACUCCUAUAAGCAGAUCAUCUUGGAUGGCCAUGAAGAAGACAAUCUAGAAAGUACAUGGUCUGAUCCAUAUCCAUACAGCAAAAAGAUGGCUGAGAAGGCAGUGUUGGCAGCCAAUGGGUGCACCCUGAGAAAUGGUGGCACUUUACAUACUUGUGCCUUAAGGCCCAUGUACAUUUAUGGGGAAAAAAGCUCAUUCCUUUAUAACACAGUAACUUGUGCUCUGAAAAAUAAGGGUGUUUUGGAUACUACUGGCAAAUACUCUAGAGCCAACCCAGUGUAUGUGGACAACGUUGCCUGGGCACACAUUCUGGCUGCCAGGGGCCUACGCGACCCCAAGAAGUCACCCAGCAUCCAAGGUCAGUUCUACUACAUCUCAGAUGACACCCCUCACCAAAGCUAUGAUGACUUAAAUUACACCCUGAGCAAGGAAUGGGGCCUCCGCCCUGAUUCCAGUUGGAGCCUUCCUCUGCCCCUGCUCUACUGGCUUGCCUUCCUGCUGGAAACUGUGAGCUUCCUGCUGAGUCCAGUCUACAGCUACCGGCCCCCCUUUACCUGCCACUUGGUUACGCUGUCCAACAGCACGUUUGCCUUCUCCUACAAGAAAGCCCAGCACGAUCUCGGCUAUGAGCCGUGUGUCACCUGGGAGGAAGCCAAGCAGAAAACCUCAGAGUGGAUCGGGACACUAGUGGAACAGCACAAGGAAACAGUGAACUCAAAGACUCGGUGAUGUGAAGAUGACAGAGACAUGGCCCUGGCUGUUAUCAGAAAUCAUUGUCAGGUCCUCAGAAAGGAUACAGGCACAAUCCAGGUCCUACUGCCUCCCUUUUAGAUAGAAGCCAACUUAGUGUCUUCCUCAAGUCCCCAGAAUCCUUGCCAGGCACUGACCCAGCCACAAGCUUUCUUCCCCAAACACCUCCCCAGAGACACACAGGCCAUUGUGCCUCAGCUCCUGAUUCCUAACUACUAAGCGCUUCUUGUUGCUCAAGAGUGUUCUCCAUGGGCUUCAUCUCCCCAUUAACAACAUUUCUCAUCUUUGGAAAAUUCUGCUUUGGUUUAUGAAGUUGAGUGAAAGAAACAAUAAACAUGUGUUAAUAGCUCAUCUGCUGACAUUUUUCUGUCAAUAAACGUGGCCAUGCUGGAUCAGAAAUGGAUCAUGGAUUUGAGGAACUGAGAGAAAGCCAUGAACAGAGGGGAUGUGAGACUAAUCCCAGCACAUUGUCCUUUUGCGGUGUGCUACAUGACACUCCAUGACAGAAGGAAUGCCAAAGAUCCACAAUUUCUGCAGGAGAUCUCGUCCAUGCUGGGUCCCAGUGAGGCUCCCUCUAAAAGAACAUUCUCAGAUUUACACGUUUUCUCACAACAAAAUGGACACCUGGCUGGAGGAUUUUGUUCCAGUUCUUCUAUAAAAUUGUAACACUGGUAUAGGAAAGGUAGGGAGAGGUAAGAAAGUUUCCCUCCAUAGUCAAGACAGAACUAAAAAUAAACCCACUUCCCUUCA